AUGGAGAAGAGAAAUGUGACUUCAGACUUCAUUCUCCUAGGACUCUUUAAAGAUACAAGACCUCAUCUCUUCCUAUUUGUGUUGGUGAUGACAAUGACCACUGCUUCCUUGACAGGGAAUGCCCUCACAAUUCUUCUGAUACACCAGGACUCCAGGCUCCACACACCCAUGUACUUCCUACUGAGUCAACUCUCCCUCAUGGAUUUGAUCCUGGUUUCCAACGUUGUUCCCAAAAUGGCUGCUAACUAUGUGUCAGGCAUGAAAUCUAUCUCCCCUGCAGGUUGUGGGUUGCAAAUCUUUGUCUCGGUCACACUGGGUGGUGGAGAGUGUUUUCUUUUAGCUUCCAUGUCCUAUGAUCGCUAUGUGGCUAUCUGUCACCCACUGCGAUACUCUGUCCUCAUGAAUUGGCGAUUAUGUUGGCAAAUGACUUUGGGUUCUUGGUUUCUGGGAGCAGCUGAUGGGCUGAUGCAGGCUGCAGCAACCCUCAGCUUCCCAUAUUGCAGUGCACGUGAAAUUGACCACUUCUUCUGUGAGGGCCCCAUGCUGGUGCGUUUGGCUUGCACUGAUACAUCUGUGUAUGAGAAUGUGAUGUAUAUCUGCUGUGUAUUGAUGCUCCUGAUCCCAUUUUGCCUCAUCCUCAUCUCCUAUAGUCUCAUCCUCUCUGCUGUUGUCCAGAUGCGUUCUACAGAAGCUCGGAAGAAGGCUUUUGCCACCUGCUCCUCACAUUUGACAGUGGUGGGUCUCUUUUAUGGAGCUGCCAUUUUUACCUACAUGAGACCCAAAUCCUACAGGUCAGCGAAUCAUGAUAAGAUUGUGUCAGCAUUCUACACCAUCUUCACCCCUCUGCUGAACCCUCUCAUCUAUAGUCUGAGGAACAAUGAGGUCAAGGGAGCCUUCACAAAGUGGUUGGGGAAAUGCAGAAUCUUAAAAUGCUAGAAAACAUAAUUAGACUUUUUAAAUUUACUGAGUAUCAACUGACUCCAAGUUCCUGAAGUCACUUACUUUUUUUUUUAUCAGAUUACAGUUAGUUCUCCUUUAGUAAUGUAUGAAGAGAAAGUUAAUUUUUUUUUUCUAAAUUGAUUUCAGAGAGAAAGAGAGAGAGAGAUGAGAGGGAUAAAGGAAACUAGAAACUCAGGCAUGAAAGGCAUGCUGAGCUUUAUCCCUGGCUAGCUUUGAUAAUUAUUGUUCAACCUAUUAAGACUUUUCUGUGUCUAGCUUGAUGAGAGAAGGAUGCUAUUACUUGAGCUUCUCAAGUGUUUUCUCUACUUCAUGU